GAAGAAGAAGAAGACACAGAAAUAUACAGAAACAUCGAAAUCUCGAGAGGCUACGAGAAAAGAGAAGUAGCGAAACUGCGAUGGCGGGGUUCGGUUCGCCGUGCGGGGCGUGCAAGUUCCUGAGGAGGAAGUGUGUGAGGGGGUGUGUCUUUGCCCCUUACUUUGCUCAUGAGCAAGGGGCGGCGCACUUCGCGGCGAUCCACAAGGUGUUCGGGGCCAGCAACGUGUCGAAGCUCCUCAUGCACCUUCCCGUCGGCGAUCGGUGCGAGGCGGCCGUCACCAUCGCCUACGAGGCUCAGGCCAGGCUCCGCGACCCUAUCUACGGCUGUGUCGCGCACAUCUUCGCCUUGCAACAACAAGUGGUGAAUCUACAAGCUGAGCUGAGCUCUCUCGUGGCGCAAGCGGCGCAAAGCCGCGGUCACGAGCAGGGCUUCUUGUUUCCGCCGGAUGGGGAUCUUCGAAUGCCUCAACCCUCGGUCUCAAACGAUCGCGAAAACAUAUUCAUCGACAACAACGGGCUUCUCGAUUCGACCACCUUUUACGAUUCUCGUGCCUGCAACGGUACCCAGUGGUUCGCCAACGGCGAUCACGUCUCUCUCGACAUGGAUGACAAAUCGUAUUGCACCAUGGGUGAGGAUCUUCGAUCGGUCGCAUUCGGUUAUAUUAACGGUCAUUGAGUCGAUCGACGACAUCAGUUCGUCGGGCAUGUGUGUGAUGAUUCUCUAUGCAAAACUAUCGAUGAUCAAUUUAGGUGCAGUUUUGCCAACUAGCUAGCGAAUAUCCAAGAAAUUGAUGAAUCCCUACAUAUUAUAUAUACAUAUAUAUUUGUUUGUUAGAGAAGGGUUGGGUUCAACUUGUUGGAUGUGUGUACUAUCAUUUAGUCAAGCAAAAACUACAAGAGAAAUUAGAUCGUUCAAUUCAUAUAUAUUUAUCUAGAUUCUA